AUGCCGACCGAUGAUAUACUGAAAUCGGAAGUUAAGUCAGAUACUUUUGGAAAGGUGUGUCGGUACAUUUAUGGGGAUGAGGACUACAUUGGUCGAGAAGGGGAUCUGGCGGGCCUCCUGAAAACCGCAAAAAUUGCAGACUUGCAAACAGCCCUUCGAUAUGCUAUUGAGAUCGCCGAAGGUGUGAGCCAUCUCCACUUGCACAAUAUCAUCCACGGUGAUAUCAAGCCGGGAAACGUAUUGGUCCACCGGCUGGGCAACCAUAACAGACUGGUGCUCGGGGAUCUAGAUGAUUUAGUGCAAAUGCAACAGAGUGCCACCUGUUCUGGAGACAUUGGCAAUAUCCGUGGAACGCCCCGGUAUAUGUCACCAGAAAUGCUGAAAAAAUAUCUGAGCUUACCGAUGUUAGACAAAGUGGGUCGUAAGACCGAUGUAUGGAGUGUGGGAUGUGUCAUACUUGAGUUGAUGGACAGCGCUACAGGGAAUACGAAGAGAAGAUUAUACCGAGCUCCAAAAGGAAUACUUGACAUCGACGAAAUGAAUAAUAGUCAAUAUGUUGCGCACAUUGUGGACGGCUAUGCGCCAUUAACUGCUCUUUCCUUGCCGGUACAGCUGGCUGAAUGCAUAUCACUGUGA